UAAACAAAAUCACCAGUUUAGCCAACUUCGCUCAUUGUUCCAAGCUCCAAGAGCUGUACAUCCGUAAAAAUAUGAUCACUAACCUGGCAGACAUCUGUUAUCUGAAGCACCUGCCAAACCUGAGGACCCUCUGGCUCAGUGACAACCCCUGUGCAGUGGGAGAUAGAUACAGGCUCACUGUGCUGAAAACAUUGCCUAAUUUACAUAAAUUGGAUAAUAUUGCUGUGCAAGUAGAAGAACUGAACGAUGCAAUAGAGCAGGGAUUAGACCUCCACCUGCCCGAGUCGUCAAGGUCCCCAUCCAAGUCCUCCUCUCAGAGACCGCAAUCUGCUAAAAAAGACAAAGACAGGUCACCGGUAGAGGAUCCUGAUAAACUGACACUGGAACAGACAAAUAAAAUCAGGGAAGAGCUUGGACUGAAGCCAGUUCCCACAGAAAAGUACUCUCCAGUGAAACAUUACAGGCCUGGGGGCAGCAAGGCCAGGCAAGCCAACCUCCUCCAGGCAGCCCUGUGCUUGGUGAAGGAGCUGGACGUGGACAGUUUAGAAGCUGUGGGGAACGCUGUCAAGGACAGACUAGAGGCUCUCUGAUAUCAGGCCUCACUUUGUUAUAAACAUGAAACAUUGUACAGCUGAGAAAAAUAUGGACCUGAGUCUAGAUG